UGGUCUUGAUCCUCCGAUUUAGAACCCGAACGCCUAUCAAUUCGCCUGUGGCAAUUGCUGGUAUAAUUUUUGCAACGGACACAUCAGGUUUUGUGCGGGCUGGCCUCGACUCACUGACAAUCCGACGACAUAUACACGACAAGUCUGUCGUGCGUAGUAGCACUUCAGGGCCACCCCCCGCUAGGCAUUUACGCUCGGAAUCUACUUUUUGCCCAUGCAAGUGAAUACGGACGAUCUCACGACCCUCAUCAUUAACAGCUAGAGCCACUACCAGUGGCUGGUGACGGCAAGGGACGAGGAAAAAUCGUCUUUACAAUCAAAGUGUAUAUAUAUCAUGUAUUCACAACAAUCGGCCAUGGGCGCGGCGGCGCCUCAGAAGCCCGAAACCUUUAUGUUGAGCACAGAAGCGCAGCAGGCGUUACCACACGAUGCACAAGUGGCAUUGCAGCAGGUUGAUAAUUUGAAGUACUUUCUUAUCUCGGCGCCGGUCGACUGGCAACCAGAGCAGUAUAUCCGACGCUUCCUAUUACCGACUGGCGAAUAUGUAUCGUGCGUGUUGUGGAACAAUUUGUUCCACAUCUCGGGCACCGACAUUGUGCGGUGCCUUUCGUUUCGAUUCCAGGCCUUUGGCCGCCCCGUUAAGAACUCGAAAAAGUUCGAGGAGGGCAUUUUCUCCGAUCUACGAAAUCUGAAGUCUGGCACCGAUGCGUCCUUGGAAGAACCCAAGAGCCCAUUCUUAGAUUUUCUCUACAAGAACAACUGCAUCCGCACGCAGAAGAAGCAGAAGGUGUUUUAUUGGUAUAGCGUACCGCACGACCGUCUCUUCCUAGAUGCUCUGGAACGGGAUCUUAAGAGGGAAAAGAUGGGGCAGGAGGCCACCACCAUGGCCGUGAGCGAGCCUGCCCUUUCCUUCCAGUACGACUCCUCGCAAUCGCUCUACGAGCAAUUGACGAAAGCCCAACAGGCCAACUCGUCGUCUUUCAAUGCCCAGGUCUCUUAUUCCCAGUCCCAGGCCCCGUCUCCAGUGAUGCGGGCGAUGGACCCCAUGCCCCCGCCGCAAAUGAUCCCCCAGUCCAUGGCCCCUUUAGGAGAUGGGAUGGACCCCAUGAUGCCGUACGGCACCAUGACGGCGAUGGCUCCUAUUCCUCAACAGGUCCCCCAAAUGGUUAAGAGGGAGCCCGAUUUCAGCCGUGUCCAGUACACCCAAAAUGGCGUGCCCGUGACCAUGGCCCACAACCACCAGCGACACGCCUCCAUGCCGCCAUACGGCCUCGAAUAUUCGCCAGCGCCAUCCUUUGCGUCUUCCCACUACGAAGACUACAGCAACCGGGGCAUGUCUUACGAGCCGCUCACUCCUCCUCAGCAAGCUCUCGCAAUCGGACCGGAACCCACUUACGUGGCCAACGAGGAUACAGGUCUAUACUCGGCCAUCCCUGACCCUAUGGGCGGUGUGAACGGGUUGAAUGGAAUUAUGCAACUGCCACCCUCCAACCUUGCCGGGCCUCAGUUCCCGCGCCCCUACGGAGCCAACAACGUCUACUCGGUAAUUGAAGGAUCGCCGACGUACAAGCAGAGAAGGCGGCGUUCGUCCAUCCCUCCUUCGAUAACGGCCAUCGCGGCUGGCGCCAUUCAGACCGGCGCUCACCGGCCAUCGGACCUCCGACGAUCGGUGUCGGUGUCGGUUGGCCCAGUGGCCGAAGGCGACGAGUCUCAGGGCAACUCACCUCCCGGCCUCACGUACACCAACUCUAGCAUCUCCCUAUCCAACCAGCAGCACAUGGACAUGUCGAGGCAUGGCACGCCACUGUCGACGGUAGAAGGCAGCCCGGCCCUCAACCCUAUGUCUCUGCAGCGACAAGAUAUGGUUCAAUUCCCUGGCGACGAGCUGACGGGGGACGGCUCGAUAAGCGAGCAGCGGAUGAUGCAGGCUGGCCCCAACGUGGUACGCCGAGCUCGCUCGGCUACCGUCAUGGAGCUCGGCCCCUACCCGCAAAAAUCUCACUCGUGCCCGAUUCCUACGUGCGGCCGUCUCUUCAAGCGCCUCGAGCACCUGAAGCGACACGUGAGAACGCACACCCAAGAAAGACCCUACAUCUGCCCCUAUUGUAGCAAAGCGUUCUCAAGAUCCGACAACCUAGCACAGCACAAGCGCACCCAUGAUCGCGGCGAGGGGGCUGAGAACGGACUGACCUUGUCCGGCGAGGAAGAAGAAGAAUACUCGGGCGAGGAUCAGCUCGGUUCGCUCGAGGAGGCGUCGCCCAACUCGGAUGCGGGCUACGUUCCGGUGUCGAUGAACUCGAUUGCAACGUCGACGUCGGCGAGCAACAGUCUCGCCGCCGGGGCGGCUCAUUCGUCUUACAAUCCCUUGCAAACGCUGAGCAUGCCGAUGACGAUGAGCGCACCGACAGGGGCGAUGUAACCGCGCCCUGUCGUCUCGAUGAUUUGCAUUCCGGCGAGGUGCCGCUGUCGUAUUGGUCUAGUCACGUCGAGUUUUGCGAUUUCAUGUCACGUAAUGCUUCUAGACUGGGGGUUGUUUGUGGCUAAUGGGGCUUUGGAGUUGUCGAGUCUGUCGCCGCACGCUAGCGAUAUUUCAUUUCUAUUGACAACGAGGGAUACCAAAAAAUUCAAUGCAUUCCAUAGACCUGGUGGCCGAUGAAAGGGUUUCCAGUCGCCUUGUGUAAGGGAGAUAGGCUCUCCCUGGCACAGGUGGUCGGAAGGGACAGCAAACUUGUAUAUAUGUUUUCUUUUACUUCAUUUUCCCUUCUUC